CAUAAACGAACACAGUGUCUUUCGAGAUGUUGCUAUUGUUGCUACAAAAAUCAUUGCUACUUUUGGCAGUCUAUUUCUGUUUCGUUCUCGGCGAAAGCAAUGACGUUUCCAUUGAACUUACCGACGAGACCGAAAUUAAGUCGAGAUUACUUGCUCUUUUGAUGGGAGCCUCAUGGGAAGACAAUAAGCAAGAAUGUUUGGAAAUGGCAGCUAAAUUGAUGCGCGACUCAGACACCAACGUUACAAUUGUGGGCACCCAGAAAGUCGUCGAUGCCGAGGGAAAUAUUUUGCACGUUAACAGGAUUGAAUUAUUAGUUCCCACAUUGCAAGAUGAAGAUGACAACAGUGACGAAAAGAAUUCAUCGGAAAAUGAAAUUUCAAAUGAGAGCACCAGUGAAGAAUCAGAAGUUGAAAUUAGAAGAAUAUUAGAAGUUGUGUACAACGUUUCAAAAAUCGAAAUGAGCGUCUUUCAAAAAGAUUACGAUACAUCAUCCGGUGAAAUGUCUGAAAUUGAAUUUCAUAACAGACAUUUUUCGUAUUACGUGGGGGCUGACACUUAUCCACUCUACAAUUUUACUAAAACAACUGACUUGCUAAGCAUGAAACAAAUCUUAAAGCACUAUGAAGAAAUGAAAGAUUCAUCGUUCCCACCCACAAUUAUCCAUGCCGAUGUUGAUCAUACUUUUGAGCAGGAAGGAUCUCAGUUUCCUACUAUGAAUCCUUUUAUUUCGAUUGUUGAAACAUCUGAGGAAUUUCCACCGGUGGAUAUUUUAACAAAGGCCAUCGAAUUAUUUUCUUGGAUUCCGUUCAAACAUAGAGGAGAAGACAUUGCCAAACCGCUUUGGGAAAAUCUCUCGAAAUCGUUUCCUAAUUAUAAAUUCCUCGUUAUCGAUCCAGAUGCAUCGAUAUAUUUAAACAACGGUCAACUAACCAACCACUAUUUUGUUCUCAAUUACUAUGAUGUAGACGUAAGCGAUUACAAAGUAUUUGUAAUGAAAAAGGAGUGAUUUUAAUAAACACUUCGUUAUUUAUCCA